AUGGCAACCACGACGACGACGGAUGGUAGGAAUGGAGAAGGAGAGCAGAAGAGGAGGGAGAAGGGAGGCUUCAAGACCAUGCCAUUCAUACUUGGGAACGACAUCUGCGACCGGUUCGCCACGGCCGGCUUCGGCGCCAACCUGAUCACGUACCUGACGCAGCAGCUGCACCUGCCGCUGGUGGAGGCGUCCAACCUCCUGACCAACUUCGGCGGCACGUCCAGCCUCACAACUAUCCUCGGCGCGCUAGCCGCCGACUCCUUCGCGGGCCGCUUCUGGACCAUCAUCGCCGGCUCCGUCUUCUACCAGCUCGGCAUGCUCGGCCUCGUCGUGUCCGCGCUCCUCCCUUCGCUACGCCCCUCGCCAUGCUCCGCUCCUCCCGGCGGCCCCGCAUGCCAGCGCGCCUCCGGGUUGCAGCUCACCGUGCUGUACCUCUCCCUGCUGUGCACGGCCUUUGGCGCCGGCGGGCUCCGGCCCUGCGUCGUGAUGUUCGGCACCGACCAGUUCGACCACGAGUUGGGGGAGCAGCAGCAGAAGAAGGUCACCGCGGAGGCAGCCAAGGUGGUGGCAGAGCGGAAACGCCGCUACUUCAACCUCUACUUCUUCAUGAUGGGGGUAGCGGCGCUGCUGGCGCUGACGGUGGUGGUGUACAUCCAGGACAACGUGGGGUGGGGGUGGGGGUUCGGGAUCCCGGCCAUCGCCAUGUUCGUCUCCAUCGUGGUGUUCGUGAUCGGGUACCCGCUGUACGUCAUGCUCAAGCCCGGGGGCAGCCCGUUCACGCGGCUCGCGCAGGUCGCCGCCGCCGCGUUCAAGAAGCGCAACGUCGUCGUACCGGAGGACACCGGCAUGCUGUACCAGGACAAGGAGCUCGACGUCCUCAUCUCCACCAACGGCAGGCUGCUGCACACCAACCAGCUCACGUUCUUGGACCGGGCAGCCAUAGUGACGCCGGGCGACAUCUCCGUUUCCGGGCAGCCGGACCUGUGGCGACUGUCGACGGUGCACCGCGUGGAGGAGCUCAAGUCCAUCGUCCGCAUGCUGCCCAUCUGGUCAGCUGGGAUCAUGCUGGCCACCAUUGAAUCGCACAACGGCACCUUCAUCAUCAUCCAGGCGGGCAGCAUGGACCGGCACAUCACCCGGCACUUCGAGAUACCACCAGCGACCAUGUCGAUCUUCGGGACUGCGGCCUUCCUCGUCAGCUUGGCGCUCUACGAUCGCGCGUUCGUGCCCCUGGCACGCCGCGUCACAGGCCUGCACUCUGGGAUCACCUACUUCCAGCGCAUGGGCAUCGGGCUCGCCAUCCACAUCCUCGGCGUCGCCACGGCCGCGCUCGUAGAGACCAAGCGCCGCGACGCCGCGGCCGACCACGGGCUCCUGGACAAUCCUGCCGCCGUCAUCCCGCUCAGCGUGUUCUGGCUGGUGCCGCAGUUCGCCGUCCACGGCAUCGCCGGCGCCUUCUCGUCAGUGGGGCACAUGGAGUUCCUGUACGACCAGGCGCCCGAGAGCAUGCGCAGUACUGCGGCCGCGCUCUUCUGGCUCGCCAGCUCCUUCGGGAACUACCUGGGCACCGUGCUGGUCACGGUGGUGCAGCGCACCACGCGCGCCCGCGGCAACGACUGGCUCCAGGACAACAUCAACCGUGGCAGGAUCGACAACUACUACUGGCUCGUCACCUGCCUCAUGGUGCUCAACCUUGGCUACUACCUCAUCUGCUUCCGUUUCUACACCAUGAAGCCUCUGGAGAUGGCAGACGAACAAGACGAUCAUGUUGGAGAAUAUGAGCUCUCCACUCUACAGAAAAAUGACACCGGUGCUGGAGGUGUGGUGUAA